UUUGUGUGUACAUUCAUCGAGGGUAGGUAUGGGGAAGGACAUUGGAGGGUGCAUUGUCGAAGUAGUCAGCAGUGAAGUGUUCCUUGUGGAGGGGAGGAAUUUCUUUCACACCCAGGACUUUGGAGGUGUCAGAGAGAGCACUCCAUGCACUGAAGCAUAACACCGAUGCUCUCCCGCUGCUCUGUGAGGAUGACGCUGUUUGCCAUGGGAUUUCUGCUAGUCAUCCUUCAGCCAUCCAGUGGGCAGUUUCCCAGAGCCUGUGCAAACACAGAGAGCUUGCUGAGGAAGGAGUGUUGUCCGCCCUGGGAUGGAGAUGGGUCCCCUUGUGGGGAGCUUUCCAGCAGAGGGUUCUGCCAGAACAUCCUUCUCUCCCAGGCUCCACUGGGACCACAGUUCCCUUUCUCUGGAGUGGAUGACAGAGAGGACUGGCCCUCUGUAUUUUACAACAGGACAUGUAAAUGUGAAGGCAACUUCAUGGGAUUCAACUGUGGGGAGUGCAAGUUUGGUUUCUCAGGACUCAACUGCACUGAAAAACAACUGAGAACGAGAAGAAACAUCUUCCAGCUCACCACCAGUGAGAAGGACAGGUUUCUUGCCUACCUUAACCUGGCAAAGAACACCCCUAGCCAGGACUAUGUUAUUGCCACUGGCACAUAUUUUCAAAUGAACAAUGGCUCCAACCCCAUGUUCAGAAACAUCAACGUGUAUGAUCUCUUUGUGUGGAUGCAUUAUUAUGCAUCUCGAGACACACUCUUAGGUGGGUCUAAUGUGUGGCGAGACAUUGAUUUUGCCCAUGAAGCCCCUGGCUUUCUGCCGUGGCAUCGUGUCUUCCUGUUGUUGUGGGAACGUGAGAUACAGAAGAUAACAGGUGAUGAGAACUUCACCAUCCCCUACUGGGACUGGAGAGAUGCAGAGGACUGUGUGGUUUGCACUGAUGAAUACAUGGGUGGCAGACAUCCCACCAACCCUAAUUUACUCAGCCCAGCAUCAUUCUUCUCCUCAUGGCAGGUAAUUUGUACUCAGUCUGAAGAGUACAACAGUCGUGAGGCUUUAUGCAAUGCCACAAGUGAGGGACCUAUCCUGCGAAAUCCUGGCAACAAUGAUAAAUCAAGGACCCCAAGGCUUCCAUCCUCAGCUGAAGUUGAAUUUUGCCUAUCACUGACUCAGUAUGAAUCUGGACCCAUGGAUAAAAUGGCCAAUUACAGUUUCCGAAACACUUUGGAAGGCUUUGCUGAUCCACGGACUGCAAUAUCAAACAUAUCUCAAAGCGGUUUGCAUAAUGCACUUCACAUCUACAUGAAUGGCUCCAUGUCCCAAGUACAAGGCUCUGCAAAUGAUCCUAUCUUUGUACUCCACCAUGCAUUUGUUGACAGCAUUUUUGAGCGAUGGCUGAGAAGACACAGGCCCAUGCUAGAAGUUUACCCAGCAGCCAACGCACCCAUUGGGCACAAUCGAGAAAACUACAUGGUUCCUUUUAUCCCCCUUUAUAGAAAUGGAGAAUUUUUUAAAACUUCAAGAGAGCUGGGGUAUGACUAUGAGUACCUGCAAGAACCAGCACUUGAUUCUUUCCAGGAGUUAAUACCUUACCUCGAGCAAGCCCGUCAGAUCUGGGCUUGGCUGGUUGGAGCAGCCGUGAUUGGAGGCAUCAUUACUGCUGUGCUCACAGGGCUCAUCCUGACCUGCCGGAAGAAAAGAGGAACUUCUGAAGAGAUACAGCCCUUGCUCAUAGAAAGUGAAGAUUACAACAACGUGUCUUAUCAGUCCAAUUUCUAGAGGCCUCUGGUAACUCAGUGAAGGUGCUAAUCAAGCAUGCAAUGUUUGAUUCAUGUUUGCAAAUACCUUGUUGAGGUGUGCUGCAUAAGCAGGAGGAGCAGUCUUCCUCUUCAAGCCCCUUGUAACCUUCAUGUUGUAGUAUCUUAUCAGAUCCACUCCUACGAACAUUUCCCAGAUUCAACAUAAGUUACCAUGCCACCCAAAGAACACUAUGUAUCUCCUCCUCUUGAUUAAAUAAUGUUCCUA